GUCAUUCGUUCGUCGACCAUUUCCAUGAUGAGCAGCAACAGGAGCAUGACCCAAGCUUCAUCCUAGAUAAGUGGUACUUCAUCCUCGUAUACCCUUGGCUCGACCCGGUCACAUUCACCAGACAAUGGACACUCAUGCAGAGUUUCGACAAAGGAAAGCUGCUUCACGUGGAUCAUCAUCCGGCGAUCAACAGGCUGCAAGCUCAAGAGAUACAAAGAGGGCGGCGUCCUCUCUCUCAAUCGUUCUCUCUCUCCCCUCUAUGAUACUAUCAUUCAUCGUUAGCAUGUUGGGACUCUCGUCGGGCGAGAUUGAAUGGAUCGUACCGAGUAGACCUGCUCGCUUGGACAGACGUACACCGAACGGCGGACAAGUGGGCAGAACUGGAGACGGUGAGAAAGGGUCAGUGAUUAGUCGAUGGAUAGAAGAGAACGUACCGAGUUUGAUGAAAGGGGGUUUCAAACCGACGUGGUGGUUGUUCAAUGGUCAUCUCCAGACGAUGUUCAGCGUCGUUGGUGAUUUCUCAAAGAUCGAUCAGGUGGACUAUGUACGGACGUAUCUGAGAGUACCGGAUGGAGGUACAAUAGGUCUCGACUUUACACCUCCGAAUCACGGCUCCUUACCUCCCGACACACCCACGCUUGUCGUUUGCCAUGGUCUCACCGGAGGUUCGCAUGAGAGUUACGUGAGGAACGUAUUGGCGAAAGUCAUGAGGCCAGAGUCGGAGGGUGGACUGGGCAUCCGAGCCGUCGUCGUCAAUUUCCGAGGCUGCGCCGGCGUACCCGUCACUUCGGAUCAGCUUUACUCGGCAGGAACGACCCUGGACCUGUCCAUCGCACUUCACUAUAUCCGUUCAACGUACCCUACCUCUCCACUCCUCGGUAUAGGCUUCUCGCUCGGAGCCGCCGUCCUGACGAAUUAUCUCGGUCAAACGGGGUCUCAAUCACUCUUAUCUUCGGGCAUCGCGCUGGGUCCACCGAUGGACUUACCGGCCAUGUCGUAUAAAUUGGAGCAUCACUGGUUCAUCUCACGCGUGUAUUCAAGAGCCAUGGGAUUGAAUUUGAUCAAUCUCUUCUUCAAGCACUAUGGUGCCAAUCCGAAGAUCUGGGAAAAGUCUCAGAGACUGGCGGGUAAAGUCAAUAUUGGUGUAGAAGAAAGCGUAUUGGAGAAAUUAAAGACGAUGAGAAAGGGAGGAUUCACACUCAAAGUAGUGGACGAUUAUAUGGUGUCAAAGAUCGGUGGACCGUUAGGAAUCGGUGCGUGGCCUUUCCAAGAUGCGUACGCGUAUUACGAGUGGGCCAGUCCGAAAAAGGUCGUCGACAAGGUGAAAAGACCGCUUCUGGUGAUUGGCGCGGCCGACGAUCCAAUUAUCGACAGUCGUGCUCUUCCUCGAACGCAAGUUUCUUCCUCCACACACGUUCUCAUGGCCAUCACACCUCGUGGCGGGCACCUCGGAUGGUUCACUGGUCCGAAAGCCAAUGAGAGAUGGGUCGCCGAACCCAUCAUGGAGUAUUUGAGAGCUUGUGUGAGGGAUCUGGGACUCGAAGGAUCAUCCGUCGAGAUGGAGAUGGAGGGAGACGAUCCAAAGUCGCCGUCGAGCGAGGCAUCAGAGCACACCGAUGCCCGGGAUUCAAGUGAGGACGAAAGGGAUAAAGAGUGGGAGAAAGUUAAGAGACCGUCGGAUCCUAUGUCCAACAGUACCCAGACUUCACCCUCCUCUUCCGGCGCAACAGGGAGCAAGGACUGGUCUUGGGUCCGGAACCCGGCGCAUAAUGUCCCCGGGAUCGGGAGCGCCAGUGGGAAAAUCGGUUGGAAGGUAUUGGCAGAGGGUCAGGUGGUUCAUGGAGCAGAGGGUACAGGGACGUUACAGGGUCUGUGAAGUCCGCGAGGGGUGGGCAGCAGAGACACACCCAAGCUAGCUAAACUGGGCAGGAUGGAGACUCGUACGCCCAGUCGAUAGAUGUCAUAGCGUUGAUCAUAGUCGUAGC